CGGCCACAAAAAUAGAAAAACAGAAAAAAAAAAAAAAAAAAAAAACUGACUCCUUCCAUUUCCAUUCACCCCUUUCACUGUCUCUCUUCUAGUCUCUCUACCUCUCCCACCAUGUGCAAGGGACCUGGACUCUUCUCCGAUAUCGGCAAGAAAGCUAAAGAUCUGUUGACAAAGGAUUACAGCUCCGAUCAGAAGUUCAGCGUCUACACUUUCAGCGAUGCCGGAGUGGCCCUGACAUCAACAGCUGUUAAAAAAGGAGGGCUUUCUACUGGGGAUGUUGCAGCACUGUACAAAUACAAGAACACUUUAUUUGAUGUCAAAGUUGAUACAGAGUCCAAUAUCUCAACAACCCUCACAAUCUGUGAGAUUAUUCCAUCCACUAAGACUAUUGCUUCAUUGAAAUUUCCUGAAUACAAUGCUGGCAAGUUGGAGGUUCAAUAUUUCCAUCACCAUGCAACCUUCACCACAGCCCUUGCUUUCAACAAAUCUCCUGCAGUCCAUGUUUCAGCCACCAUUGGUACCCCAACAAUUGCUUUUGGUGCAGAAGCAGGCUAUGAUACUACUUCUGGUAAUUUUACAAAAUACACUGUUGGCAUUAGUGUGACCAAACCAGAUUCAUACGCCUCAAUAAUUUUGGGUGACAAGGGAGACAGUAUUAAAGCAUCAUGUGUACAUCAUCUGGAUCAGGCAAAGAAAAGUGCUGCUGUGGGAGAGAUUUUUAGAAGGUUUUCAACAAAUGAGAACACUUUCACAGUUGGAGGGUUAUAUGUUAUUGAUCACCUGACAGUGGCGAAAGCAAAGGUCAACAACUAUGGGAAACUUGGCGCAUUGCUGCAGCAUGAGGUCAUUCCAAAGACACUGCUGACGAUGUCUGGUGAGUUUGAUACCAAGGCCUUGGACAAAAAUGCAAAGUUUGGGUUUUCAAUUGCUCUCAAGCCCUGAUGGAUGUCUGCCUGUUCUUGAAUCAUUGUUUGAAAUAACACUCAUUUGAUUUUUUUUUUUUCCCUGGGUGACUCUCAGAAGGGAGUGUCAAUAAGUCGUUCCGCAGAAGCAUGUUUGUAUUAUUGCAAUGACUGUGGAUGGAUUUGUUUUAAUGCCUAGGCUUUACCAUGGUUUUCUAUUUCUUCCUUUUUCCUCUGCUUUUCCUUCGUUGAGUUUGGAGGCAUGUUAUUAACUUCACAAUUGCAUAUCACCCUCCCAGUUUGAAGAACUAUAAAUUUUGAUUGAUGGGAAAUAUUAAUUGCCUUUAUUAGCCA